AUGUCUACUGACCCAACCCUGAAAAAUAUUUCAUAUCUCAAAACUCUCGCAUUGAAUAUUCUUAAGAAUAGCUCAUCAGAUACUAUUGCAAAAGAUAUCGGAGUUCCAGAACUAGACCCAUGCUCAAGUUGUCUUGAGGAUUAUGUAAAAGAUCUCCCACAAUGCCCUAAAUGUGCAAUAGAAAUUGAAUCUAUUGAUUAUGUGCAUUCUGGCACUUCUGAGCAAAAUCCCUUAUUAUUUCCAGACUAUACAAAACGAACCCAAACUGUUAAACCAAAAUCUGAAAAAAGAUUACGUGAAGAAGGUAUAAAAAAAGAACCUACAAAUCUAAAGAAAUUAAUUGACGAGUUGACUACCGAAAAUUUAGAUUCUGCAGAAAAUAUUAUUAUUACACAGUCAAGUUCAGUACCUACCGGUGAAAAUGACCCCGAGUCAGUUGAUUUUCUUAACUUAUAUCGCCAGAUUGUAAAAACUGAAGAUGAUAGUAAAAAAGCCAUUCAAGAUGUUAUUAGAGCCUAUUAUAAUUUUGACCAUAAUCUUAAAAAAC